AAGAAAUCAGUUGGAGUUUAACUUUCUUUGCGUUUAGACGUGUUCGGGAGAAGCCAAAAAGAUAGUAGCUAAAACGAUUAUAUGUUACCUUAGUGUAUCAUAAUUAAAUAUAUUGAAGUGCUCUCUUCGGUAAAAUUAAAUAUAAUAUAUUUAUUAAAAGCGCAUACAUGCGAUAACAAAUUAAAAAAAGAAUUGAAUUUUACCGAAAGUAAAAACAAGAAAAUUAAAAGUUAUAAUAAUCAAAAGUGAAACCGAAACAAUACAAGUUUUGCUAAGUGAUUCAGAAAUUACUACCUAACAAUCUGUGGAUUAUAAUUACAAAUUAUCUGGAUUAUCACCCUAUCAACAAACAACACUUAAAGAUAUUUUGUGAAAAUUUAACAACAACAACAGUUAAAAAAUUUAAAAAAAAAACUAUUUUUAAACGCAUUAAGUGGAAUAUUUUUGAAUUUUGUCGGCGGUUAACUAAACUACAGUUUAAACUAUGGUUGUCUUAGAAGGUGGCGGUGGUGUUGUUACCAUCGGCAAUAACCAAUAUUUACAACCGGAUUACCUAGCACCUUUACCUACAACGAUGGAUGCGAAAAAGAGCCCAUUAGCGUUGCUCGCCCAAACAUGUUCACAAAUCGGGGCAGAUUCGUCAGCCGUAAAACCAUUGUUAUCGAUGGACAAGUCAAAGAAAUCAUCAUCAUCUUUAUCAUCAUCAUCAUCAACAUCGUCUACGGCAAGCUCUGAGACAGGCUCAGCCAAAUCACCCGUUCAAAGCAAAUCACCCAAGUCAACACCUCCAGUAACUACUGAAGUUAAAUUAGCAUUUAAACCAUAUGAAACCAAUGUACUAAGUCAACAGAAUCACAAUACAUUCAAGUCUGCAUCGACGAUUAAUGACGAACAGCAACGUCCAAAUUCAAAAAGUUCAUCACAUGGCGGCACUGAUCUCUCUACACGCGCGCCAUCGCGCAGCAAGUCGAACGCAACACCAGAGAGCAAUGCACUAAAAGCCGACAUGAAUGGCAUUAACACAAUGUCACAUGAUAGCAGUCGAAAAACGGUUUCACCAGCUGGCUCGUCACAACGUGGUGCUAGUCCCAUUGUACGCUCUGGCAUGGAAGUUUUGAAUAAUGUUAACGGCUCAGCAACACAUCCAAAGGAAAUGAGCAGCAUGGCUGCUGCUGCAGCCGCUGCAGCGGUUGCCUAUAAAGCAACUAAUCCCUAUGGCUUAAAUCCACUUUCCGCACUCUGCUGUCCACCCGGUAUGGAGCAACAUGCAAAUCCAGCAUUCCGUCCUCCAUUCGCCGGCGGCUUUUCACACCAUCACGCUGCUAUGCUGGCAGCCGCAGCAGCUAACGGUAGUUAUCCCAGCGGUCCAAAUGGUCCAGCUGGUGCGCAACCCAAUCCAUAUAUAACUUAUCAACGCAUCAAAACUCCCACAGGCGGUGAAGCAAUUGUGCCUGUUUGCAAAGAUCCCUACUGUCCCGGCUGUCCAUACUCUGCACACACACAACAAAUGUUAAUGGGAGCACCUUGUCCCGCCGGCUGUACACAAUGCGAACAUCAAAAAUAUGGCAUGGCCAUUAUGGGCGGUGCUGCCGCUGGCUUACCUCCAGGUCAUCCGUAUUCACAAGCAGCAGCCGCUGCUGCAGCAAGCGCAGCAGCUGCACGGACUGCACCAUAUAUCUGCAGUUGGGUUGUAGGUGAUGCAUAUUGCGGCAAGCGCUUCCAAACAUCCGAUGAACUUUUCUCACAUCUACGCACACACACCGGUAACCUGUCUGAUCCAGCCGCCGCUGCUGCUGCCUUAGCACAAUCCCAGGCACAGUCCCUAUUAGGCACGCUCUUCCCACCCUCUGCUCUACGCGCCGGCUACCCAACACCACCAUUGAGCCCCAUGUCUGCAGCCGCCGCCGCCGCUGCUGCACGCUACCAUCCCUAUGCGAAACCAGGAGGUCUACCACCCGGCGCUUUGGCUGGCGCACCUUCACCAUUCGGCGCACCCGGAGCUUUCAAUCCUGCUGCAGCUGCCGCCGCAGCUGCGCUCGGCCCUUACUAUUCGCCAUACGCUAUGUAUGGCCAGCGUAUCGGUUCGGCGACGGUACAUCAGUAAACAGCCAAAUAAGACUUUUCAAGGCUUUUGGUAGUGAAGUGUGCUGAGGAGAGAACUAGGCUUCAAAGGUGAUUCUGUGCGCGUUCGGCCUGGACGCGCUUCUCAAAAAUGUAUACCAAAUAUACGACUAAACAAAAUCUACUUAUUAACAUCCAAAUUGAAAGUUGACAGUUAAAAGUUGCGAGUUGUGAGUUGAAAGUUGAGAGUUGGGAGUGUGGAGGGAAGCUGACAAAAACGUUGAUGUUUGCAGAAAUGUUAAUAAAAAAAAUAUUCAAAAAACAAAAAAAAUAUAUAAGAAAAUUGGGUUUAUAUAGAAAUUGUAAACGACCGUUUUACUGUGAUACUAAAAUGUAGUUGAGUGCUAGUUUGUUAGAUAAAAACUAUGAUAAAGAAAGCAAAAUUCUAAUCUAAGCCGCGAUCAAAAUGAAUUAAGUUUCAAUAAAACACAACAAUAACAACUGAAAGAUACAAGUAUUUCUUUGAUCAUUCGAGGCGCAUCGAGAUACAUACGCAGAUGUGCUUCUUUAGCUUUUUUGUUAUUUGCAGCCAAAGUAUAAAACUUUAUUUAAUAAUUAAUGUUUCACAGCAUUUCAAUCUCAUAAA